AUGGCUCAAAAUAAGAUUAAAUUUGCAUUCACUUAUAAUUUAUUUAACAAGAACAAAGUUGCUUUAUAUGGCUUUAGAUCAAAGAGCACAUGGUGGCCUCAUGUAAAAAUGGGCCCACCAGAUGCAAUUUUAGGUCUUACAGAAGCAUAUAAAAAAGAUCAAAAUCCAAAAAAAGUUAAUUUAGGAGUUGGUGCUUAUCGAGAUGAUAAUGGUAAACCAUUUGUUUUACCAAGUGUACGAAAGGCAGAAGAAAAAAUUAAAACUAAAAAUAUGGAUAAAGAAUAUGCACCAAUUGCAGGAAGUUCAGAUUUUUGUACACAAAGUAUUAAAUUGGCACUUGGUGAUAACAGUGAUGCUAUUAGUAAUAAUUUUAAUGCUACUGUUCAAGGAGUUUCUGGUACAGGUUCACUUUAUAUUGGAUCACUUUUUUUAUCGCAAUUCUUUACUGGUAAUAAAGAAAUAUAUGUACCAAAACCUACUUGGGGAAAUCAUGGUCAAAUAUUUAAACUUGCUAGGCUGCCAAUGAAAUUUUAUCGUUAUUAUGAUCCAAAAACAUGCGGAUUAGAUUACAAUGGUGUUAUAGAAGAUUUAUGUAAAAUACCAGAAAAAUCUAUUGUUCUUUUUCAUGCUUGUGCUCAUAAUCCCACUGGUGUUGAUCCUAAUCCAGAACAAUGGAAAGAAUUGGCUGAAUUAAUAAAGAAGAGAAAUCUCUUUCCCUUUUUUGACAUGGCAUAUCAAGGAUUUGCUUCAGGUAACCUAGAGAAAGAUGCUUUUGCUGUUAGAUACUUUGUGAAAAAUGGAAUUGAUAUUAUGUUAGCCCAAUCAUAUGCAAAAAAUAUGGGUUUAUAUGGUGAACGUGUAGGAGCAUUAUCUGUAAUUACAUCCAACAAAGAUGAGGCAGCACGUGUUCUUUCACAAUUGAAAAUUAUAAUUAGACCAGCAUAUUCCAAUCCACCAAUUAAUGGUUCUAGAAUUGUUAGUGAAAUUUUACAAGAUUCUGAAUUAAGAAAACAAUGGCUUAUUGAUAUAAAAACAAUGGCUAAUCGUAUUAUUUCUAUGCGUCAAACAUUGACUAAUAGUCUUAAAAAAUGUGGUAGUUCCCGUGAUUGGUCACAUAUUACAAAUCAAAUUGGAAUGUUUUGUUUUACUGGUCUUACAACUCCAGAGGCAGAAAAACUUAUAAAGGAUUAUAGCAUUUAUUUGACAAAGGAUGGUAGAAUAUCUGUGGCAGGAAUAACAACAAAAAAUGUAAACUAUAUUGCACAAGCUAUGCAUGACGUUACAAAAUAAUUAAAUAUUUCUACGUUUCAUCAAAUUCCUUUAAUCCUAAAUAUAUAUUUUUUCUAAUAUAAAAAAUUAUAUUAAUUAUAUUAUUAUAUUAUAUUAUUAUAUUAUUAUAUAAUAUAUAUAAAUAAUUAUAUAUGUUUAUUAUAAUAUUAUGUAAUAUUAUAAUAAGUAUAUAUAUUAUUAUAAUAAAUAUAUAUAUUAUAUAUAUAUAUAUAUUAAUAAUUAAUUAUAAUAAUAAUAAUUAUAUAUAUAUAAAUAAAAUAAUAUAUAUAAAUAUGUACUUUAUAUCAAAUGCAUUUAAUUUUGCACAUUAUUUUUAUAAAAAAAACACUGCAGGCAGUACCAUUGUAAUGAUGCAUUAAUAUAAUAUAAAUUUUAUGUUACUUCUU